AUAAUGUUAUGGCUACUAGCAUGCCCACCAAGAAAGAAGGUGGAAAAGUGGGUUCGAGAGAAAAUAUAGUACCAAAACGGAAGUUCUCCUCAAAAGAAGCAAUAAUGGAUAUGCCAAGAGAGUACUGUGAAACAUAUCUAGUCAAAAAGCCAAUGGGUGCGCGAAUUCAUAAAAGCGAUUGUAGAAUCACACAUAUUGACGUCAACUCUGCACUGGUUGGAAAGGCUUUUGUGGGCGACGUUAUUGUAGCUCUUGACAAAAAACCCAUAAAAAAUUGUGAAGAUGUGCAUAAGAAGCUCAAGGAAUCAAAAGACAAAGUGUUCGUGCAAAUAAGACAUGGAAUGUGGUCUUGGUGUCAGCACCGUUGCACAACCCUUGAGCGUAUACAAAUGGACAAGGACACGGAGAAAGUUACAGGCAGACCCAUAGAUAUAUACUUUGUGGCAAUUCAGCUCAGCAGCGCACCAGAGAUGGCCAAUGUUCAGCUUGGACUUCAUGUGAAGUACGAUGCCAGAGAACGAUUGCAGGUGCACAAUGUUGAAAACGGUAGUAUUGCUGCGGUACACCUUCGACCGGGAGACGUUAUACGUGAGGUCAAUGAAAAACCGGUAGCUAGUAAGACUAUGCUCAAAUACUACAUAAGUGAAGGAGCCGUCAAGGAAGGAAGCGUACACUUGCUCAUUGAAUGUCCCGCGGGAGAACCCUACCGUGACAUCUGUGAUAUGGCCCCUGAUGUUGCAGACAUAGCAUUUAAACAGAUGGAAAUAUUCAAAAAGAACAUGCAUGUUGUCCCAGCGAAAAGCAUAUAUGUAAGCGGGCAGUCAGAUAAACCAGUCAGCUAUGCUAAAACCGAAGUGGAAGAGGUGGAGAUCGCAGCAGAUUUUGAUCCGUCGAAGCUUCGACCAUGUAAAGGAGCAAAAUAG